AACCUUUCGAUCUAGCAAGGUUUCUGAAACAAUCGAAAAUUCGGAUCUCAGAAGUUCAGCCAGUUCAGGAUUCACUCUCACAUAAUUGCAGCUAUACAUCAGUUUCAAAAUCAGGCUUCUCAGCAUGGCAGAAAAACCUGAAGAUUUGAAUCUCCCCCAUGCAGUUAUAACAAGGCUGAUCAAAGAAGUUCUCCCAGAUGGAGUUAAUGUGUCAAAAGAAGCAAGAUCUGCGAUAAGCAGAGCAGCAAGUGUUUUUGUCCUGUAUACUACAUCAUGCGCAAACAAUUUAGCACAAAAGCAAAAAAGGAAGACCUUAACUGGUCAGGAUGUGUUGACAGCAAUGGAAGAAAUGGAGUUUGAGCAAUUCAUUGAACCUUUAAAGCACAGCCUUGAAGCAUUCAAGAAAGAACAAAAAGGGAAAGAAAACAAGAAAAAAGAAGCAGCAGAGAAAAGAAAACAAAAUCAAGAAAACAAUGAAGGAGGAGAUGAUGAAAAGAAGCAAAAAACUGAUGAUGCCAUUGAAGAGGAGGCGGAGGAAGCUGGCAGUGGACAAUGAUUAGGGUUUGUUUAAAAUAAUCUUGAUGACAUAA